AUUAAAGAAUCAAGCUUAAUACACGCUAAAGUAACUAAACCAAUUAAAAUAAAAGAUAGAACAUAUAUAGAAAUGGAGGAUGCUCAAGAACUCAAAACUUUUCUCAAAGUAUGGUCUUUUGCAAUCUUGAGUAUUUGCUAUUGCUACUUGAUCCCUAGUCGGAUAGCGAAUGGCGUCCCGAGGUUAGUCUCUAUUCUCCCCAUCAUUGUGACCUUUUUCAUCCUUCCAAUCCCUCUGUCAUCCGUCCAUCUAGCCGGCCCGACCAUCUUCUAUCUUGUAUGGCUUGGCAACUCCAAACUCUUACUCUUUGCAUUUAAUCGUGGACCUUUAGCUUCCACACCCAAGUUGCCAUUCCUCAUUUUCAUAUCAAUCGCUCUACUUCCAAUAAAUCCUAAACAUGUUGACAAAACUCGAUCUCCAGCUCUAUCACACAAGCCCGUUUUAUUGACAUUUAAAGCAUUGAUACUUGCUAUAAUUAUUGGUGCAUAUCAAUACAAGGAUCAACUCCACCCAAAUGUGAUUCUAGGUUUUUAUUGUUGUCAUGUUUACUUGGGUGUUGAGCUUGUUUUAGCCAUCACCGCUUACUUUGUAAGGUUAUUACUGGGGUUCGGUUUUGAAAUCGAACCCCAGUUCAAUGAGCCUUAUCUAGCCACAUCAUUACAAGACUUUUGGGGCCGCAGGUGGAACCUUAUGGUUACCAGCAUAUUGCGGCCUACAGUUUAUGAUCCCGUUCGUAUGAUCUCGGCCCCGCUUUUUGGAAAGUUAUGGAGCCUACUGCCGGCUAUCUUUGCAACUUUUCUAGUGUCUGGGCUAGUGCAUGAGCUGAUUUACUUUUAUUUGACACGCGUUCGGGCUACCUGGGAGGUGACAUGGUUUUUUGUAUUGCACGGAGUGUGUACAGCUGCAGAGGUGCUCGUUAAAAAGGCUGUCAAUGGUAGGUUCCGGCUGCAUAGGGCUGUUUCGGGGCCGCUUACAGUAGCCUUUGUGGCAGUAACUGGUGUAUGGUUGUUUUUGCCACAGAUUUUAAGGAAUGGGGUGCAUGUUAAGGCCAUUGACGAAUAUACUACUAUGGUAAAUAUUUUGAGGUCUAAAUCGGAGGGAGUAAGCAUGUAGUUGUUGUGACUUGUAGGGGGUAAUCAUGUCAUGUCAGUUUAUUCUGUAUGUGGCUUUGCAUUUGAGACCUUUUGCUUAUACUUUUUACAAAAACUAUCUUAAGAAAAAAGUUUGUUUUCAAACAAGACAUGUAUUGAGCAACUCAUUCAAAUCAUUCAACCGUUACAAGCAAUUUGAGGUAAAUGUCGAGUAGUUAAGAUAUCGCACAUUGUAUAUCUUGUAUAUUUAUUUGUACAUUUUUUGUAUUUAAAAAUAUGAAACUGUUAGGUUUUGUUAGCAUAACAUUCAUAGUAAGAUUAUGUAUAAGGGUUACUCAUAUACAUAGUUAUGUAUUGUUUAUAUAGUCAGCAAAGUCACUCGCAGCAAAGUGGGCGACCACCUCCCUCGUUGAUAAACUUUUAGAAGUCUAAAUUGGAGUACAAUUUAGGGGAAGUGAUAUUCAUACCAUUUCUU